AUGUCUACCCCAUCCACACCCGGCAAUAAGCCAGAGAAGACCAUGUCUUCUCGUCUCUUGACGAUGAAGUUCAUGCAACGUGCUGCGGCUGAGAAGCCCACGCCGCAGUCGUCCGGUGAGACUUCCACUACGCCAGUCUCGAAGCGACAAAGGCUUUCGACGGGAUCAGUGCAGAGCCCCUCGACACCCCAAUCGGACAUGGACGCUGUCGCAGCCGCCCUAGCUGCCGAGGAGGAGAAGCGGAAAGAAGCGCUUGCUCGGCAGGCUGCGGAGUCGGGUGAUACAGAAUGGGUGCUGGACUAUGGCUAUGAGACACCUGCAACCCAACCGUUUGUCGUCGCCGAUAGCUCAUUGGACGCGGAUGACGACGACAUGGUCUACGGCGGGCGGCAGUCUUACGGCAACUAUAGGCGGAAGAAGAAGAGCGCGUCCGGAGGAACGGAAGAGGAAUCCGAUGAGGAUGAUGACAGCGACGCCGAUCCCAACGAUAUGGACGCCAUGAUUAAGAAGGCAAAGAAGAAAGCUGCGAAGAAGGAAAAGAACAAGCCUCAGCCAGUCAAGUUGUCGUCACUGACGAGUAUUUCUGGAGGGCGCCAUGGAAACAUUGGCGGCGAGAAGAAACAGAAGAAACGCAAGCACAAUAAAUAA